AUGAAUUGUUCCGUGUUCAUCACAGGCAUUAGCGAGAUGCAGUCCGUAGCGCGUCACGCGGCCCAAAUUACAAUUACCCCAGCGAGCAGCGAGGGACCUGCAUACACGACAACAGCGCUUAUACUUCGGUCAUUGACUAAAUACAUGCCAAGUCGCGUCCGGAGUGCCUAUAAUUGGAAACACUUAACAGGGCUCCAACUUGCCGAUCGCGACCCCAUGAGUUCGGAACCAAUCGAUGUCAUAAUCGGCGCUGAUCUAGUCGGGAUGUUGGUUCUUGAGGGAGUCCGACAGGGUAACGAGAAUGAACCCACCGCGCAAAAUACGACUCUAGGUUGGAUCCUCUCAGGAUCAACCGCCUCGGUUCAAACUGAUGAAUCAAAAGGCUUCCAUCUUGCGCAUCACGGAGUCGUCCUCGAAAGUCUCGAUCGCGAUCUUCGUCGCUUUUGGGAAAUUGAGGAGGUUCCCCAGCCGGAAAUUCGAAGCCCUGAGGAGCACCAGUGCGAAGAGCACUUCCGAACAACACAUUCCCGCACGCCGGAAGGACGUUACGUCGUCCGAUUACCGUUUAAAAACGGACCUCCCAUUUCGUUAGGUGAAUCGCGUCAGAACGCCAUUACCAGCCUACACCGGUUGGAUCGCCGACUAUGUCGAGAUCCCAGAAAAGCAUCCGAGUACUCUGAUUUUCUAGCAGAGUACGAAACCCUCGGUCAUAUGACCAAAAGUCCACCCUCCGAAAUUGCCAAUCAAGAGCAAGCCUAUUAUAUUCCGCAUCAUGCGGUCCUACGUGAUACCAGUGCUACCACCCGCCUUCGAGUCGUUUUCAAUGCCUCAUGCCGAACCUCAAACGGACUGUCACUCAACGACCAUAUGCUCAUCGGCCCCAAACUUCAAAAGGAUUUAGCUGCGAUUCUAUUGCAGUGGCGUCAAUACCGUUAUGUGUUUAUAGCCGAUAUCGCCACCGUUACCUAUGACACAGCUGCCGCUCCCUACUUAGCCCUUCGAGUUUUGAACCAACUCAUAGAAGACGAAGGAGCCGAAUUACCACUCGCCGCUUACGUUCUUGGUCAUCAGACUUAUGUUGAUGAUUGCGUUUUCGGUGCAGAUGAUCCAACUCUCGCUCGUCAAAAACGCGAUCAAUUAGUCGAGUUGUUAAGAAGAGGAGGCUUUCACCUAAGAAAAUGGGCGAGCAACGUAAAUGAUCUGAUCGCUGAUCUCGACCCCACCGAUCACGGUUUAGCAACUCAUAAAUUUCUGCAGAACAAUGAGAGCCUUAAAGUAUUAGGAAUAAUCUGGAAUCCUAAAUUAGACAUUUUCCAAUUUCGUGUAACUUUACCAGCAUCAACCGAUAAAACUAAACGAGCCAUUAUGUCGACUAUCGCGAAGUUUUUCGACCCAUUAGGAUGGGCGAAAACUCCCGUUAUUAUUAUCGCAAAAAUAUUCAUGCAAAAAUUGUGGGCCCUUCAAUGUGAGUGGGACGAAGAAAUCCCUCGCCAACAUCUUAAAAAAUGGUCCGACUACCACGAAUUACUUCCGCGUCUCAAUGAUUUGAGUAUUCCGCGCUGGACUACAUCGGUAUCCAACGCAAGACACAUAGCCUUGCAUGGAUUUUCCGACGCUUCGACGUCAGCCUUCGCCGCGGUAGUGUACCUCCGGACCGUGGAUCAAAACAGUUUAAUUACCGUCUCCCUUUUAAUUGCUAAAUCUAGGGUGGCACCGCUUAAAACGCUAAGCGUUCCGCGAUUAGAGUUAUCCGCUGCCGUGCUACUAGCACGCUUAAUUCAUUACACCCGCACAUCGCUCCAACUCCCAAAUCUCGAGUGUCAUUGCUGGACGGACUCCACUAUCACUCUAGCCUGGUUAAAUCAGUCACCGUCCAGAUGGAAGACGUUCGUCGCCAAUCGGGUUUCGACUGUCCAAUAUCUUUUCCCAAGAGUUCCUUGGCAUCAUGUAACGACGCAAAACAAUCCCGCUGAUUGCGCAUCACGCGGUCUAAACCCCAACGUGUUCAAGAAACAUGACUUGUGGUGGAAAGGCCCUCCAUGGCUGCAAAACUCUCCCGAGUCAUGA